UUUAACUCCUCUACCGUCCUGUACGUAUAUAUACACUAGUAGUUUUCGACCCAGCUCGGCCUAGGUUUUAAGUGGCCUUUGGUGGUUUUAGCAUUAAACUGCAUUAAACGCAUUGUAAGGACACGCAAACGACUACCAGCGCUACAUGUGGCGAAAUUUCGUGAUGGUCGCAACAGGACAUUCGAAGAACCGACCUGAUCAGUUCAUUCCAGGGGACUGGUACAGACUGGUAGUACUUUCCGAUUACUUUUAGAUCAUGCGUAGAAAUGCGUAAGAGUGAAACCUUUAAAGUGUCUUCAUAUUUUUUUUAAACGAGUACAAGUAUUAUAACUAUUGAAGUAUUCAGGGCCAUUCACGUCCUGGGUUUAAUUUAGGGUAGACCAAUGGUAACAAUGUGGAAAUAUACGAUAUUUGCUUUUGGUAUAUUCUUGGUUCAUCUGUCAGAGAGUAAGGCACAAUCGUAUGAUGAUAAAAGGUGUAAGUGCAUAUGCCCAAGUAUUUCGUCGGUUAUAAACACUACACAACCUUCUACAGAUCGUCUAAAUUUCAUAUCCAAUGUUUCCCCUUCAACAUGUAACUGCGAGGGUGUUAUUCUACCUCGACUUGGAGAUCAAAUAAAAGGCAAAGAACAAAUUUUUUGUCCACGUUGUGAUUGUAAAUACGAAAAUAGAAAUACUGCUAUCAUUAAGAUUGUGGUAAUUAUUGUAAUAUGGGUAAUAUCCCUCCUAGUGAUCUACAUGCUAUUCUUGAUAUGCUUGGAUCCAUUAUUAAAUAAGAAAAUUCAUAAGGGAACAGGAACUGGUGGCUACCAAGAACACACUAAUGAAGAGGAUGACACUACGGUCACUCCUGGGACAUCCCAUCCUAUGGGAGUGAGAGGAAAUGUUCUAAAUCGCGUUGGACAUCAACAAGACAAAUGGAAGCGGCAAGUACGCGAACAACGGCGUAAUAUCUACGACCGUCACACAAUGCUUAAUUAAGCUAUAGGAGUUGACUUCAGAACGUAAAUGUUAAGCAAUUCGGUAAUGUAACACAGAGAAUAGCCACGUAUGAUUUUUUAUGUAUGACUCGAGUAAACCAUCAGUUCACAACUAGAAAUAAGGACACACAGAACUUGUUAUUUAUAUAUAUUGACAUAUAUUGGUUCUCUCGUUUCUUUAAGAAUCUUAUUUGGGAAUAAAGAGAUGACCAUUAGGUCUUUGUUUCGUUCAGAAA